AUAAUGCUCAAAUUGCAAGACGCCGCCGUCGUAAAACAAUUGCAAUUGUUUAAUGCAAAUGCAAAAGCGUGCGUACAAUAUGCGUGUGUGCGUGGCCAUUAACAAAGUGCGUGUGUUAAGCAACAAAUAAAGCGCAGUACACACACGCACAUAACAACAAGCCACACACAGACGAGAGCGCAAACGGGCGCGUGUGUGUGUGUGUGUGUUUGCUUGAUUUUUUUUUAGAACAUGGAAUCGUCCAUUAAGCUUAAGGAAGCCAACAACACGAGUCUAACGAAUAUAAUAACGAUAAACAACGGCAAUCAAACGACAAGUCUGCUGUCUGCAAUGCAGCUGCAGUGCAACGGCAACAGUGCAACGAUCAACAGCAGCAGCAGCACCAGCAGCGGCAACAUCAUUAUUAACAACAGCAGCAACAUAUGCAGUAGCGAUAGCUUUAGCAACAUGUUGGCCCGGGAUCGAGAGCACGAGCUGGUGAGCGCCAAUAGCAUUGAAUUGAAUGCAGCAGCAUCUUUAAGCGAUGACAGCGGUGUUCCAUUAACAACAAAUAGUUCCAUCUCCAGUGGUGAUAGCUAUCGGCUGGGCAUGUGUAAAUUUGAAAUUGAGAUGGUUGAAAGCGAUGGCGAAGUAUCGCAAUUCGAUUCGCUGGACAAUUGCUCGGAGGGCGGCAUGAGUGCGGAGAAUUUUAAUACGCUAAAGAAGGGACCGCUGGCGCCCAUAGAUCCACCGCCUGAAUUUCAGGAUUCACCGCAAACAACGCUGGUGCGUUCGAUAUCCAAAAAUAUAGUUAAUAGUCUCAGACGCUGGACAAGCUCGCAGUCGAGCUUUGAGCAUCUAAAGGAUGAGACAGCAAACAAUCAAGAGCUGGUGCUGCUGCUUGCCAACAAAACGGAGGCAGCAACAACAACAACAACAACAACGACAGCAGCUGCAGCAGCAGCAGCAGCAGCAGCAAGUGUUGCAGCUGUGCCAGCUGUAGCAACAGUGGAGCCUGCUAUGGAGCGCAGUUUAAAGGAUGCCUAUGCUUUAAAUAAACAUUUAUAUGCCAGCGAUUCUAUACUCAAUUGCCAUACGGAUAAUAUAUACGAUGAGCCGAAUAAUAUAAUCAGCAGCUCGCUGGGCAACAGCAUUGAGCUGCUGGACGAUGAUGAGGAGCUGGACGAGGAGGAGGAGGAAGAGGAAGCGGACCGCGCACAGCAGGACAGCAGCUGCUCACCCUCGCUGCCCUCGCCGCCGCCGCCGGUGUCGCUAAUCAAAAUCAAACAAACACUAUGUCCUUACUAUCAAGAUCAUACGCGUUACUUUAAGGCUAUACCAACGGAGCAGGAUAAUAUAGCCAGUGCCAAGGCAGCGGCGGCGCAGCAGCGUUUUCAUACGGCAGGACUAUCGGAAAUCCAUGACUAUGAUUUGUAUUAUGGCACGCGCAGUCGUCAGACGCCGCAGUCAACGCUGGACGGCAGUUUGCAGCGUCGUCAGCUGCUGUACAGUCCGCUGGGACAUACGAGCCAUUGCCAUUAUCAUCAUCAUCAUGCGCAUCAUGCGCACCACCAUCACCAUCAUCAUCAUCACCAGCGUCCCAAUUCGCGCAACUCUCUCAACAGUCGCCUGAGCAGCUCACACAAUUCGCUUAACGUUAGCUCUGCCAAUAAGCCAGAUGACUCGAUAUUUAUAACACAGGCCAUGUCGCAUGAUGCGCUCUUUACGCGCGAGAUUACGGACUUUUAUAAUGUGCCCAUAGACUCGGACAUUUAUGCCUUUCCCGUGGACAUGAUUGAGCAAAAGGAGCUGAAGGCGACGUCGGCGGCGGCGGCGGCGGCACCGCCAGCAGCAAAGAAAGCCAUCAGCAGUCGACGCAAGCAGCGCAAGCAACGCAAGCAGCGCUACGCUGGCGUCGCCGCCGCCACCGCCGAAACAAGCGACGAUAAUGCAGCAGAGAAAUCGCUGCGCCAAGCAGCACAGAGCAGCAAAUAUCGCACGCCCGUAUGCCAAACGGAUGCGGAGCCGCUGCACAUGACGCUGGAUGAGGUCAAGCAAUUCUAUCAUACGCUCUAUGCUGAUGCUGGCGGCAAGUCUUCGGCUAGCGCCAGCUCCAAGCCCAAGGCGCUGGGCGUCAAGUCGAGCAAUGAAACCAUUUGGAGCAUUUCGAGUGCUGCCACCAAUACCACCAACAAUACCAACACCAACACCACCAACAGCAAUACAACGCGCACUGUGCGCAGUCGCGAUGUUAGCGCCAAGUAUUUGAGCAAACAGAACAAGCAUAAUAUUGAUAAUGAUAAGCUGAACAACAAUAACAACAACAACAACAAUAUAAGCAACAACAGUGGCGGCGGCAGCGCUGGCAACAAUGCGCUCGAGCGCCAUAAGCAGCAGAGACAGAAACGAAGCCAGUCACCAACCUCUUUAGAGAACCGAAAUCCUCAUGCGACACACCACCUGCUGCAUACGGAAAAGAAAUCGCAGUUUUCAUUGAAUUUAAAGCAAAAGUUUUGCAGCAUCUUUCGCUUUCGUCGCAACAAUCACAAUCGUUGUCGCAACAGCAGCAACAAUACUGCCACAGCAGCAGCAACUGUUGCUGCUGCCGCCGCCGCUGCUGCUGCUGCUGCUGCAGCAAAUGCUUCGACAGCAGCCACAACUGCCAAUGGCAGCGUAGUCACAAUUACGGUUAAUGGCGCUGCCACUGCCAGCACUGGCGCUGCAGCGGCUCAAGCUUUGGCUCAAGCAGCCGCUGCUGGCAAUUUGGUUAAUGGCAGCGCCGAUCUCAGCGAGGAUGCCAUGACCGCCAAUCAUUUUCUACCCAAGAAAUUUCAGUCGCGCGCCUUGCCGCCACUGCCAAAGAAAGCCUAUGCGGCGGAUUCGGAAGAUGCGCAGCUGGAGGAGCAAAAGAAGAGCAUUGCUGCUCAGGAGCCGCGUGCGCUGCAGUUUACCUCGAGCAUUGAGAAAGUCAAAGACUAUGGCUGGUACUGGGGUCCACUCUCCAGCGAGGCCGCCGAAAAGGUGCUAUCCAACGAGCCGGAUGGUUCAUUUAUAGUGCGCGACAGCUCCGACGAUCAUUAUAUAUUCUCGCUGAGCUUUAAGCUUAACAAUUGUGUGCGUCAUGUGCGCAUUGAACAGGAUCAAGGCACAUUCUCGUUCGGUUCGUAUGCAAAGUUCAAAUCGCAAACAAUAACAGAGUUUAUAGAGAAGGCGGUUGAGCAUUCGCGCAGCGGCAGAUAUUUAUUCUUUCUGCAUCGUCGGCCGGAGCAUGGACCAAUGCGUGUGCAAUUAACCAAUCCAGUAUCUAGAUUUAAGCAUGUACAAAGCUUGCAGCAUAUGUGCAGAUUUGUUAUACUAAAGGCGGUCAUACGAAAGGAUCUAAUACAGACAUUGCCAUUACCAAGAAGACUUUUAGACUAUCUUAACUAUAAGCAUUGCUACUCCGAGCAGGUUGAAAGCGACAGUUCGCAUUCGCAGAUUUCUGGCGAUGGCUCUAUGUAAAAUUCAGCAAGAUCAACAGCAACAAUUAUUAAAUUAUAUAUAUAAUUAUAUACGCAUAAGUAGUAGAAUUUAAAAUCAGCAAAGCAAGCUGAACAGCAUUUAAAGGCGCAGCAAUUGCUAAAUUGUUAAUCACAAAUACAAAAUUCGAAACAAAAAGGCAAGAAAAAAGAAGCAUAACUCUGUUUAUAAACAUUUUUUUGUACUCGGUGCUAUACUAUAUAAAUAUUACUACUAA